AACCAUCAGAUGGCGCAGUAAUUUGAACACUACUUGAAUACACGGGAGUUUCCAAGCUCUGGUGUGAUCGGCAGCAAAAUGGCAGCGAGCGACUCUACCACGGACGACAGCCUUUAUCCGAUCGCUGUUUUGAUCGAUGAACUAAAAAACGAGGAUGUACAGUUACGGCUGAACUCAAUAAAAAAAUUAUCUACGAUUGCUCUUGCAUUGGGCAUUGAACGAACACGUAGUGAAUUGAUACCAUUUUUAACUGAAUCUAUGUAUGAUGAAGAUGAGGUUCUAUUAGCAUUGGCAGAACAACUUGGACAGUUUACUCCUCUUGUAGGAGGUCCAGAAUACGUACACUGUUUACUGAAACCUCUAGAGAGUUUGGCAACAGUUGAAGAAACUGUAGUUCGAGAUAAAGCAGUAGAGUCUUUAAGAACUAUUGCUGCUCAACAUAGCUCAACAGAUUUAGAAGAACAAUUUGUUCCUUUGAUACAUCGUUUAGCAACAGGAGAUUGGUUUACAUCAAGAACAUCAGCAUGUGGUUUAUUUAGUGUUUGUUAUCCACGUGUUAGUCCAACAGUUAAAGCAUGUUUACGGAAUCAUUUUCGUAAUUUAUGUCAAGAUGACACUCCAAUGGCACGUAGAUCUGCUGCCUCACAUUUAGGUGAAUUUGCAAAGGUUAUGGAAAUUGAAUAUGUAAAAGCAGAUUUAAUUCCAAUGUUUGUCAUCUUAGCUCAAGAUGAACAAGAUUCAGUACGUCUCUUGGCAAUUGAAGCUUGUGUCAGCAUUGCAGCAUUGUUACCACAAGAAGAUGUAGAACAACUAGUUAUGCCCACUCUUAGACAAUGUGCAAGCGAUCAAUCAUGGCGUGUACGUUAUAUGGUGGCAGAUAAAUUCACAGAUCUUCAAAAAGCUGUAGGUCCAGAAAUUACGAAAACGGAUCUUGUGCCUGCAUUUCAAGUACUAUUAAAAGAUAUAGAAGCUGAAGUACGAGCAGCAGCAGCUGAUAAAGUUCGUGACUUUUGUCAAAAUCUUGACAAAUUUAAUCAAGAGUCUAUUAUUAUGACACAAAUCUUACCAAUAGUUAAAGAACUUGUAUCAGAUCCAAAUCAGCAUGUAAAAUCAGCUUUAGCAAGUGUGAUAAUGGGUCUUAGUCCAAUAUUGGGAAAACAUAAUACAAUUGAACAUUUAUUACCAUUAUUUUUAUCACAACUCAGAGAUGAAUGUUCAGAAGUUCGUUUAAAUAUUAUCAGUAAUUUAGAAUGCGUUAAUGAAGUUAUUGGUAUACAACAACUUUCACAAUCUUUACUACCAGCUAUUGUAGAAUUAGCUGAAGAUUCAAAAUGGCGUGUAAGAUAUGCUAUCAUAGAAUAUAUGCCAUUACUAGCUGGACAACUUGGAGUUGAAUUCUUUGAUGAAAAAUUAAAUUCUUUAUGUAUGACUUGGUUAGUAGAUCAUGUUUAUGCUAUCAGAGAAGCAGCAACAUUAAAUUUAAAAAAAUUGGUAGAAAAAUUUGGUCCUGAAUGGGCACAAAAUACUGUAAUACCUAAAGUCUUAGCAAUGUCAAGGGAUCAAAAUUAUCUUCACAGAAUGACAUGUCUAUUUUGUAUCAAUGUAUUAGCAGAAGUAUGUGGUCCAGAAAUAACAACAAGGGUAAUGCUUCCAACAGUCUUAGGAAUGGCCACAGAUAAUGUUGCUAAUGUACGAUUUAAUGUUGCUAAAACCCUUCAAAAAAUUGGACCUUAUCUUGAACCUUGUGCAGUACAAGCUCAAGUAAAACCUGUCUUGGAUAAACUUAAUACCGACAGCGAUGUGGACGUAAAAUAUUUUGCUUCAGAAGCAAUUGCAGGCAUCGCAGGUAAAAUUCUUAUUAUUUUAUCUGAUAAAAUAUUAUUCUUGAAUGAAAUCUUUAAUUUUUAUCUAUUAUUUUUAAAUUACAUUUUUUAUAGAAUAUAUACUAUGUUUCAGCGUAGGUUGAACAAGAGAAACUGCAUUUAAGAUUUAUCCACCAUUAUACAGAACCUCAAUUUCAAAAAGUAAUCUGACGCAAACAUUUACACUUACACACGGCAACAGGUAAUAUUAUUGCACAGUCAGAGCAGAUCUAAUGUUGAAAAAAAAUAUAAAUGUAAAAUUCGUAGUUCACAUAUUAAACGAUAUUUUAAGUUCUGUUGUAUCUGUAUAUCUAUAAUUAUAUUACAUAUUAUUAAAUAUUCAAUUCAAUUGGUAAAAUGUAUUUCUUAUACGUACCUAAAUAAUUAUCUAGAGAAUGAUAUAGUAAUAAUAAUAAAAAGUACUCAGAAUCAUUCCUAAAAUCAGAAAAUUUCAUUAUAAUCUGCUCUUCCAUAUUCAUUGAUCAAAAAUUUACUUUAUCUUUUAAUAAUCAGUAUUUUAGUUUGGUACAUAACAUUGUUAAGUAUUGUCUUUGUAAACAACAAUAAAAUUAACAAUGAAUAAUAUAA